AUGGUGGCCCAUAUGAAAAGGCUCUUGGCCGUCGCCACGACUGUCUCGGCGUCUGUACUCGAAUUGCCUGUCGUCGUCAGGGGCACCUAUUCCAGCGUCAAACUGGAUAUCGGAACACCUCCGAAGGAACACCGAUUGUUGUUCGAUACUGGCUCAUCCACGAUCUUCAUCCUCAACACCAACUGCACAGAGACCUCUUGCCCGGAUGGCAAAAUUUCGGACUACGAACGAGUGAAAUAUAACGCGUCUGCCUCAUCAACAUCUGUCGACCUGGAUAUACCUGCAUCGAUUCCAUACCUUGGCGGCAACGUUGCUGGCGGUACCUUUCAGGAUGUUUUCAGCACUACAGAGGGUGGCGUAGAGUGGAACCAGACCUUCCUCUCUACCAAUCAGAGCAGCUGGCGUUUCAUCACUGCCGAUGGUUUCCUCGGCCUAGGCUUCUCCACCAUCGCGGAGAGGAACACAACGACCUUGGUUGAACAACUGCUUUGGAACGGUCAACUGGACGCGCCGCGUUUCGGUUUGUUCUACGGAAAGAAUUUGAAGGAUGAGGGUGAACAAGAUGGUGUGCUGACCAUUGGCGGCAGCCAUGAAGACAAGUACGUGGAUGGCGAAAUGGCCUACACGCCCUUGAGGAAAGAGGCGGAAUACCAACUCUGGCGUGCGCCACUAAGGAGCGUCAACGUACUCGUUGCGCAGAACCCAUCGGAACCAAAUGCUACCGUUGAGAUCCACAAUGGCCGUCUUCCCACAACUACCACCACGGAUGGUGGCUUCCCAAAAGCCAACACAACAUGGCCAAUGUACCAGGCUGGAGCGGUUUUUGACACGGGAGCUGGACGCCUUUCCGUUCCGACCGAGAUCGUCGGCGCCAUGUACUUCAACCUCGGCUGGAACAUCACGAAGCUUAUGAAUGGCCAAGAGCGCAUGGAGUGCCAGCACCUCAACGCUUCGUGGGCAGUCACUUUGACUCUUGGUGAGGGCGCUCCUGAAGAUGAUGUGUCGUUCACUCUUCGAGGUGACGAGUUUACCGAGCCGGGCAGUCAGUGUAUGCCGCCGUUUGACGACAGCGACCAAGUCGGAUUCGCGCUGGUCGGUUCUGCGUUUCUACAAAGAUAUUACUCCGUCUACGACUUUGGUGCUGACAAGGUUGAGGAGUACCAGCCAAAGAUUGGUUUCGGAAGGUUGAAGAAGGAGUACGAUUACCUGUACCAGUGA